CUCUAUCGUCAAUUCUGUUUCAUUUUUGUAAACUUACUUGAUCAUGGCAUUGUGAAUUUGUGAUAAGUUUAUUGUUGUUGUGGUUGAGUGAGGGUUUUUGGGUACUGAAAUCGUCGAUUUUUGCCCUAGUUAAAGAUUCCCGAAAAACAAAAAUGGUACUGGGACUAAAAACAAAGAGCAGGAAGAACCCGUACGUCCAGCUUGAUUAUAUUAUCAAUCUCAUCGAGAUUAAGCCAUGGCCUCCCUCUCAAUCAUUACGAUCACUUCGAUCCGCAUUUCUACAAUGGGAACACGGUGACAAAAAUUCAGGGUCUACUAAACCAGUUGCUCCACUUAUUUCUGGUUCUGGCGUCGGUGACGGUAAAAUCGUAUUUAACGAAACUUUCAAAGUUCACGUGACACUAACAAGAGACCCGUCAGUCAAAACUGGGGACGACGAAACUUUCUUAGCGAAUUGUAUAGCGUUUAAUAUGUAUGAACCACGUAGGGACAGAAUUGUAAAAGGCCAGUUGUUGGCUACUGCAGUUAUAGACUUUGCAGAAUAUGGUAUUGUUGAAGGGAGUUUAAUGAUUAGUGUGCCUAUGAACUGCAAGAGGACUUUCGGUAAUACGGCUCAACCUAUGCUCUUUGUUAAAAUCCAAACGGUUGAGAGAAAUAAUCAUGCGAGGUCAUCGUCUAGGGAGAGUUUGGUCAGAGAAGGAUCAAUGGACACGAACCAAAGUGAAUCUGUUUCCGCUUUGAUGAAUGAAGAGUACGCUGAAGAAGCCGAGUGUGCUUCCGUUACAGAUGACGAUAUUUCGUCUCAAUCUUCAUUGGCUACCGGUUCUUCAACUUUUGGAUCCAAUGGGAUAUCAAGUUCUCAAAAAGAGAAUGGAUAUGAAGCUAUAUGUGGAACCACAGAAAAAGUUAAUGGUAAAAAGGUCUCUGUUCAAGAUAAAAGGGCUGCUUACGAAAAAAAUAUAUUAUCAUCAAAAGAUUUGUAUACUGAAGUAGAAAAUGCGCGUAUCACUUUAUCAAACAUCCGUAACUCAAGAUUCACAAUGCUCCCAAGAAAGGCUGUUGCCGAUGAUGGCACAACUGAACAAUGUGUACAAUCCAAAAUUUUGGAUGCAAGUCAAAAUGGUCAAGAAAGUCAAAGUCAAACCAUUGGCGAUUUUCGAUUUGACGCUGAUAGAUUACAGAAUGUGAACUCUGUCGGUUCUUCGUUGGAUUCAUGCCUUAACAAUGGAUUUGUAAGGGCUAGCAAAGUUAUAGAGAGAUUUAAAAAUGUCGGUGUUCAUGAUCGGGAUAACGGAAGGAAAGAUAUGAUAAGCAAGGUACAACAAUUGGAACAAAGAGUACAAGUUCUUGAAGGUGAACUAACGGAAGCUGCAGCCAUUGAGUUUAGUAUUUAUUCGGUAGUUGCAGAACACGGAAGUUCUAUUAGAAAAGUUCAUGCAUCGGCCCGUCGUCUUUCUCGGCUGUAUUUUCAUGCAUGCAAAGAGAGUUCUUUGAGGAAAUCGAACUCAGCGAAAAGUAUUGUUUCGGGAUUGAUUUUGGUUGCAAAAGCUUGUGGAAAUGAUGUUGCAAGGUUGACUUUCUGGUUGUCAAAUUCUGUUAUGCUGAGAGCGAUAAUACACAAAUCUAUUGAGAAAGAUACGUGUUUGGACGGGAGUAGAAUCGAUCUACACACGACUUCAAAUGAAUGGGAUGACACUCGUGUGAUUAUUUCUGAUCUUGAAAAAGUAGAAUCGUGGAUGUUCUCACGCAUUGUUGAAUCCAUCUGGUGGCAGACUCUUGCUCCUUAUAUGCAAUCCACUACCGCAAACGGGAUCGUUAUAGAUUGCGGAUCCUCUAAAUCUUGUCAAACAACUACCUCUUUCGAGCUUUGGAAAACGGCUUUCAAGGAUGUUUGUGAACGGAUUUGUCCCGUUCGAGCUGCAGGACACAACUGUGGUUGCUUGAGCGUGCUGUCUAUGUUGAUAAUGGAACAAUGCGUGAGUAGAUUAGAUGUAGCUAUGUUCAACGCCAUUCUUCGUGAAUCGGGUGACGAGGUUCCAACCGACCCUGUGUCGGACCCCAUUAGUGAUUCUAGCGUUCUUCCUAUUCCAUCGGGAAAAGCAAGUGUUGGAGCCGGUGCACUACUGAAAAGAACGAUAGGAAACUGGUCCAGUUGGCUAACCGAUCUAUUUGGCACACCAAUCACUUUUCAUCUCCUUACUGCAUUGAGUGAGCUCAUGAUGCUUCCAAAGGACAUGCUAUUAAGCAAUACGAUCCGAAGCGAGGUGUGUCCCACUUUUGGUGUACCAUUAAUAAAGAGGAUCGUUGAUAAUUUCACCCCCGACGAGUUUUGCCCAGACCCGCUUCCUAAAGUGGUGCUUGAAGCACUGGAUUCAGAGGAUUUACUCGAGAGUGGUGAAGAUUGUGUCAUGAGUCUCCCAUGUGCAGCAGCUCCUAUUGUAUAUCACCCUCCAUCUGCAUCUUUAAUAGGAUGCAUUUUAGGAGAUGAUGGAAGCCCGGCCCGUUUGUCACGCAGUGGAUCUUCAAUCUUACGAAAGUCAAACACAAGCGAUGAUGAAUUAGAUGAAUUGGAAUCACCUUUGACUUCAAUUGUUGACUCUUCUCAGGCUGUUGCUGCUUCAGUGAAGCCCGUGUGGUCGUUGAAAAACGUCGAUGGUUGCAGUAAUGACAGGUAUCGACUCCUUAGAGAUGUGUGGAUGAAUAGUGAUUAGUCAUCAUGUUUGACCUUUUCCGGAGUUGUAACCAAUGAAGCUAUUGUUGGUUUUCCGGCCAGUGUGAAUUAUGUGUAUGAUCUGAACUCAAUGUUUCUAACCUAUAAUCAUAAUUAGAUUAGAAGUAACUACAUUUUUAUUGUC